AUGCUGACAUGCAUUCAGGAAAGCCUGCCAAGCUCUUCAGCGUCUGAAGAGGAAGGCCGGAUCGAGGAGCCUGUCGCCCAAGACGAGAAAAGUACCUCCGAACCCAAACGUAAGCGACCGGUUUCCCCGGCUAUGGAAAGGAUACGCCAGCGAAUUAAAAAUAAAUGGCUCCUGAUCAGUGCUGGCUCUAGCCACUGGAACGAGGGUCGGGAGCCAACCGAAGAGACGUUUGAGCUCCUGCGCCUAAAUGUGGGACAAUGGGCUAUGAGCCAUGCAGCAUCGGAAGCGUCGGGUCUAGACCAUUUGUCAGAGGAUCAGGAAAGUGCCAUUAUCAGCAGCCUGAACGAUUUCUGUGUUCAAGAGAGCUGGGAUACAUUGGUGGCACGAGUCCCCGGAAUCAGUGACGGGCUGGUAGCAGAGCCUUUCGUUAUGGCAAUGGUCUUUCAGGACCUACAUAACAGAAUAAUCGAACGCCCAUUCUGGUACCUUGAUGGAAAGAGUGCCCGGGAUGAAACUGGAGACGAUACGUUCGGUGAGCGGUUGGAGUAUCUGUAUGGGAAGUUCUUGAAAACAAACCCAAUCAUGGCAGAGUAUUGGAUGAGAGAGACCGUCCGUCUAUCGAACUCAAUACACGUUGAUCAAGCCCCGGAUACAGCUUACGGGCGAUACAAUGAAGAGCGCCGCGAUGCUGCCGCGGCACGGUUGGCCGACGAUCUUCUAGCCAGCAAGCCAAUACAAUCCUUACUGAAAACGCCGGCCAAUGACGACAUCGAGAAAAAGCGGCGAGAAGCAUUGAUUGAAAUUUAUCGGAGAGCUGCAGCAGCUGCAGUCUUCAGUGAUCAGUGCACUGGGCAAACGAAGUUUCUGAAGCUAGCCGAUAUUGCUCCAACCUACCAUGCGAGCUCCAGCGAGUUGAUAUCAUUGGAGUACCAUGGUAUGGAAAACGGGGACACCAGACUUGACGGGCAUCGAAUAUUGUUGGUUGUCCGUCCAGGAUUGCUUCGCAAAUCGAAUCAGGACUCUACUGAGUUCGAGACAUGGCUCCCGGCCAUUGUCAUGAUGAAGGAUGAUGAGAUCAACCAAUGCCUUUCCGAUUGA